UGGUUAAUUUUCGCGCACUUUGGUGUUUCUACAUUUCCAACAGUCCUUGAAUGCAGCUUAUCUCUUGACUGGGUAUCAGCAUGGAAAGAAAAGUACUCGCAUUGCAAGCAAGGAAGAAGAGGACAAAGCCCAGGAAACCUGGAAAGAAACCAGAGCCUCAUGGUCGAGGAGGCGGCUCUCAGUCAGGCCAGGCAGACUCUCCCCUCCCAGAGCAGGACGAGGAGAUCCUGGGCUCUGAUGACGAUGAGCAGGAGGAUCCCAACGACUACUGCAGGGGUGGAUAUCACCAUGUGAAGAUUGGAGAUCUGUUCAACGGGAGGUACCAUGUGAUCCGUAAGCUGGGCUGGGGGCACUUCUCCACUGUGUGGCUGGCCUGGGACAUCCAGGAGAAGCGCUUUGUGGCCAUGAAGGUUGUAAAAAGUGCUGAACAUUACACGGAGACCGCUCUGGAUGAGAUCAAGCUGCUCAAAUCCGUGAGAAACACGGAUCCCAGUGACCCCAGCAGAGAGAAAGUGGUGCAGCUUCUUGAUGACUUCAAAAUUUCUGGCAUGAAUGGAACUCAUGUGUGCAUGGUAUUUGAGGUGCUGGGAUAUCACCUACUGAAGUGGAUCAUUAAGUCGAAUUAUCAAGGCCUGCCCUUGCCCAGUGUUAAAAGCAUCAUUCGACAGGUUCUGCAGGGUUUAGACUACCUCCACACUAAGUGCAAGAUCAUCCACACAGACAUCAAACCAGAGAACAUUCUGCUGACUGUCAACGAGCCCUACAUCAAGAAAAUGGCUGCCGAAGCUACACAGUGGCAGAAGACUGGCGCCGCACCUCCCUCGGGUUCUGCAGUGAGUACAGCCCCAGCACCCAAACCAAUGGCCAAAAUGUCAAAGAACAAAAAGAAGAAGAUGAAGAAGAAGCAGAGAAAGCAGGCGGAGCUUCUAGAGAAGAGGAUCCAGGAGAUGGAGGGAGGAGCAACACCUGAAGGAGGAGGAGAAGAGGAGGAGGAUGAGGAGACGACAGAGACCACCGAAGAGACGACUUCCUCAGCCACCCUGUCUAUGUCAGCCACACUGCAAGACAUUGCUAACCAUGCUAUUGCAGACUCUACCCCCGACGAGCAGCCCCAGCAGAAGCCAGAGGUGAAUGAACGGGAGGAGGAGAGCGGGAUGGAGGUGAACUGCAACGGCCACGCCUCCACACUGGAGAGUGAGACCAGCCCAGAGGUACAAGGGACCAAGCAGUCGACAGAGGAGCAGGAGGACCAACGGAACGCAAACCGGCCUGAAAGCAACACAGAGACCUGGGACACGUUGAGCAACAAAGAAGAGCAUCAGACCUGCAAAGGUUCACCCGGGGACACCAACCUGCAGCAGCUCCCUGCCCCUCUCAGCCCAGACUCUGUCACAGUAGAGCUAAAGGAGGAUAAGAAGGGGGAGGAGAUGGAGACCAAAGGAGGGGAUGAAGAUGAAGACAGCCAGAAUGGAGCAUCAGGCAGUAUGUUAGUAAAUCCCCUGGACCCUGUAAAUGCUGACAAGCUGCAGGUUAAGAUCGCUGACUUGGGCAACGCCUGCUGGGUGCACAAACACUUCACAGACGACAUCCAGACGCGGCAGUAUCGUUCUCCCGAGGUGCUGACUGGAGCCGGCUACAGUACACCAGCUGACAUAUGGAGUACAGCCUGCAUGGCUUUUGAGCUUGCCACUGGAGAUUAUCUGUUUGAACCCCACUCUGGAGAAGACUACUCAAGAGACGAAGAUCACUUAGCGCUGAUCAUGGAGCUCCUAGGCAAAGUUCCUCGGAAGCUGAUCUUGGCAGGCAAAUACUCCAAGGAGUUUUUCACAAAGAAAGGCGACCUGCGUCACAUCACCAAGCUGAAGCCGUGGGGUUUAUUUGACGUGUUGGUAGAAAAGUAUGAGUGGUCCAAAGAUGAGGCACACACCUUCAGCACCUUCCUGCUGCCCAUGCUGGACCUGGUGCCUGAAAGGAGAGCCACCGCAGCCCAGUGCCUCUCCCAUCCUUGGCUCACAUCCUAGAGGCCCACCCGCACACACCUCCACCCUCAUAUUGUGAAAGGAUAAAUUAAGAUCGAAGAUUCCUGGGCUUGAAAACAUACUGUCAAACACAUUCAUGUCUGCAAGACCCUGUGACUGCAUUGUGCCUGCAUCCUCCUGUCAUGGCUCUCAGAGGCUAGCUACACACACUUUCAUGAAUUCAAUAAAGAGAGGGAAUGCGGCUGAGUCUUUGCCCUGUUUUGGAUUACACUGGUGAUGGAAGGAACUCGAGGUCUUCUCCCUAUAUUUAUGGCUGUUUUUUUUUUUUUAUUGGCUGCAUAGGACUUAUCGACCUCGCUCUUUUUUUCUGACUCCGGCUCUUUCUCUGCAGCACAUUAUUUUCUGUAUAUUUAGCUAUAGAUAAUAGACUGGGAUUUAAAAGGAAGUUGCACUUUGUCUACAAAUGCAGAACAAGGCAGGAUGUUAACAGAAAAAUAAAGAUCGCCCACGUACUGUUAUCAUUUAGGUCACUAAUAAGCCAAAUCUGUCUGUUUGCCGGUCAUUACGUUAGCUGUGCCAGCUUUUAUUUUGACUGUCAAAUGUGUGCAAAGUGCUCAGAAAUAACAACUGCAUAAUGCUAACAGGCAUGAUGAGAGUCUAGUAAUGUUCUUAGUGCUGUUGGCUUUAUCCUACACAAAACUUUUGUACAUUUGUAUACAGGCAGAACUACAUGAUUAGAAAGCAUAACUUUCAUACAUUUCAAAAUUGUGCACCAGUUCUGGAGUGGGACUCAUCAGAAACUAUUUUUCAGGAAACUGUUUAAUCUCAGAUUUUUCAAGUGUUAUCAUUUAAUUUCAGCAUUAUCUUAUGUAAAAAGGAGGAAAAAAAGCACUUGACACAGUAUAAUGUGAAAAACUUUCAGAUUCCUUCAACUUUAUGCUGUCUCAUACUUGUAUCACUUCAUGCCUGUUAAGAAAAAGGCUUCAUAUUCCAUUUCCCACAUUAACAGUAAAAUCUAGUUGUGUGGAUCCACGUCCGGAGUACAGUACCAAAGAGUUGGCCUGUAGCCUCUCCCUCUCUGCGGCUAAUGCUGUGCAGUUUCUAGAGGAGACUGUCAGCAGUUUAGAUUGAAGGCAGAAGCCUUUUUUAAAUUUUUUUUUUUUUUUUAUUACACUUUAUGGAAAUGCCUCCAAGAAUGUUCAGGUGAUAUCUGGUUGUAGGAUUAUUAAAGCUUUGUGUUUCCACUGCACAUGGAGGUGUUGGAUUUGAAAAUAAUAGAUUGUACUAAAAAGAAAUGCUGUAAUAAUGCUUUGAAUCCCCUCAAAACCAUUUGUUUUUCUACCAAGUCUCAUCUCCUCUGUCCAUGUCUCCCCUCUUAAUUUGAUUGUUAAUUUUUUUUUUCUGAAGGUAAUAAGAAUAAACAUUUUUCAAAA